AUGGAAUUUUUAUUUAAAGUUGCUCUAGUUUUUGUAUUACUUAACGUUAAAGUAGAAUCAAGUGUUGUGAUAAAUCGUUAUGAUGACGAUGAGUGUGUAUUAGACAAAAAGUUGGUAGAAGAAAUUGCUUCCUAUAAAGAUGUGACGAAAAAUAUUAUGGAAGAUAUAAAAAGUAGAGGUUCGGGUGAGAAGAUGUAUCAAGAGUACACCAAGUUUAUUGACAAAUUUGGUGCUCGCCCAGCUGGUACUGCAAAUUUAGAAAAUGCAAUAGAUUAUAUGGUUAACCUGACCAAACAGAAUGACCUGAAUGAUGUUACUACUGAAGAAUUAGAGGUACCGCACUGGGAACGUCUACACGAAUCUGCUAGAAUGUUGCAACCGCAAUCUAAAAAUAUUGCCAUCUUAGGUCUUGGUACUAGUAUUAGCACACCACCAGAAGGAAUCACAGCCGAAGUUAUAGUUAUAAAUAAUUUUGAAGAGCUAGAAAAAACAAAUCAAAAAGACAUUGUUGGUAAAAUUGUUGUUUUUGACGCCCAUUUUAUUUCCUAUGGUAAAACCGUUAUCUACAGAACUCAAGGAGCUUCAAAAGCCGCUAAAAAAGGUGCCGUGGCAACUCUUAUUAGAAGUAUAACUCCUUUUUCGAUUUAUACGCCACAUACGGGUGCUCAAAGUUAUGAUAAAAACGUAACAAAAAUACCCACGGCCGCAAUUACACUAGAAGACGCCGACUUAAUGAGAAGGUUGCAAGAUGAAAGAAACAAAAUAGUGGUGACUAUAAAAAUGUGCAGUAAAUUAAAUAAAAAGACAUCUCGUAACACACUUAUCGAUCUGAAAGGGUCUCGAUCACCUGAAAAAACUGUUAUUGUAUCUGGACAUAUAGACAGUUGGGACGUUGGUCAAGGAGCGAUGGAUGAUGGAGGAGGCAUGUUUAUCAGUUGGUUCAUUCCCGUUAUACUAAACCAACGACAUUUGAAACCUAGAAGAACUGUUAGAGCAAUACUAUGGACUGGUGAAGAAAAUGGUCUUAUUGGCGCACAGGCAUACCUAAAGAAACAUGACAAAGAACUUUCUAAUAUAAAUUUUAUAAUGGAAUCUGACGAAGGAACAUUUAAACCGUUGGGAUUGGAUGUAUCGGCAUCGAAAGAAGGUCGUUGUAUUAUUCAAGAAAUCUUAAAUUUAUUUAAACCUAUAAAUAAAAUGGAGAACAGUGGCCAUCCAGGUUCCGACAUCGCAAUUUUUACAAGAAAAGGAAUUCCAGGAGCGUCUUUAGUGACUCAAGAAGGUAAAUACUAUUGGUUCCAUCAUAGUGAAGGAGACACCCUAAAUGUGCAGAAUAUGACUGACGUCAUUGAUUGUGCUGCAUUUUGGGCAGCUUUUACUUAUGUUAUUGCAGAUCUAUCGGUUGAUAUUCCUCGCAACUAA